CCCAUGCUUGUAGGUGGAGCUGGUGCAGGAAAGAUAAGAUAAGACAAGAAAGAUGAGUCGUUUCAAGACCUCAAAGUAUCGAAAUGCCUUCUCCCGCGUCUUUAAGAAAGAGGAAUGGAUACACGACUUGAGUGUGGGCUCGAAUCUCAAAUCAAAUUGUACCAACAUCAAAGCCAGCGUCCUCUAUACCGCCUUCAUUCAUAACUCAACCAGCGUAGGCUCAGUUGCUGUUCUUCCAUUGGAGUCUUCAGGUCGAAACUCUUCAUUCCCAACUGUUGCCGGCCAUUCUGGUCUGGUAUCUGAUUUUGCUUUCUCUCCAUUUGACGAUACACUCCUGGCCACUGGAGCUGAGGAUGGACUCAUCAAGAUAUGGCAACUGCCUUCAGAUCCUGCUUCCGUAACUUCUGAUUUCUCAUCCUCUACAGCAUCUUGUACCCUAAAACCAGCUCAAGGAGUAGGUAUUGAGACAUUGCACUUUAAUCCAGUGGCUAGUGAUGUCUUGGCCAGCACUGCUGGUCACUCUGUCUCUAUAUGGGACGUCAACAAGCAGCAAGAGAAAUACAUAUCAAAGCAUAAUUCUAGCAUAGUUCAGAAUUUCUGCUGGAAUGGCUCCGGGUCACUCCUGGCAACCGUUGCCAAGGAAACAGAGAAGAGGCAGAAGAGACUUUUAAUAGUAGAUCCCAGAGCUGAUACCAUCAGUGGAGAAGUAUACGAACAUUCACAGAAUAAGGACUCAUAUGUCACUUGGUUAGGGGACACUAAUUAUUUUGUCUCCACUGGCUACAGCUCAUCCAGUACAGUUGAGUUAGCUCUAUGGGAUACUGCUAAUCUCGCUCGCCCUCUUGCUAAGCAGUCAUUAGGAAGUGGAUCGGGGCUUCCCAUGGCAUUCUAUGAUGAGGACACACUGAUGCUGUUUGCAGCUGUGAAGGGAGAGACAUCUGUGUGUUUCUAUGAGUUUAGUGGAGGAUCGUUAUCAAUGGCUCCUAAUGCUUAUCGUGGGAGUACACAGCAGAAAGGUGUCACUAUGAUACCAAAGAGAGGAGUCAAUGUGAUGUCAGGAGAAAUAGACAGGCUGCUGGUACUGACACAGAAUGCUAUCAUUCCUGUGGGCUUCCAUGUGCAAAGAAGGUCAUAUUCUGAGUUCCAUGCUGAUCUGUAUCCAGAAACCUCAGGUACUGAUCCCGCUAUGAGUUCUGACGACUGGUUUGGUGGAGCUACUGGAAUAGUGGAAAAGAUUAGCCUGGAUCCUAGUAAAAGGCGAAAGAAGGAGACUCCUAAACCAAUAGUCAAGAAAGAAGAGGAGAAACCAGUUGAGAAGAAGGAGACAAAACCAACUGAGGCCAAGAGAGAAGAGACAGUUGACAAGAAAGAGGAGAAGAAGAAAGAAAUAAUGACAAAGACAAGCACUGAAGAAACUGAUCAAAGUCCUGCUCCUGCUCCAGUAGCAGCUGCUCCUCCUAAAGCAUUGAAUAUUGUCCGGAGCUCAAAAGUCCGUUACAUCGAGGGCUAUCAACUUCACAAGAGCACGUUCCUUGAGAAGAUACCAUCACUGUGUAAAUCAAUACCAGGAGACAGUGAUGGGUUUGCAGCUAACAGAGAUAGAGUUGCUGUAGCUUUGGCUGGUGCUGGUAACAGGAUUGCCAUAUUUGAGUUAAAUAAGGCAGGGAGGGUUGACACUAGUGAGAUAUUCACUGUACAGAAUGUAGCUGGUAUCAUGGACUUUGCUUUUGAUCCUUUUAAUAAUGCCAGGCUUGUAGUGGCUUGUGAUGAUGGUAGCAUUAAAGUAUGGGAUAUCCCUAAAGAUGGUAUGAAAGAAUCUCUCACUCAGCCUAGCUUCUCUUUAACUGGUCAUUAUGAGAAGCCGAAUGUCAUAAAAUUCCAUCCAAUUGCUAAGGAUAUUUUGGCGUCGGCCGGCUACGAUGGAAAGAUCUUUAUAUGGGACGUCGAUAAAGCUAGCAUUGAGAUAACGAUAGAACCUCCCGAGCCUGUGUUCUGUCUCUCUUGGAGCCCUGAUGGAUCCUGUCUUGCCAGCCUGGGAAAGGAUCACAUGAUUCGUGUUUACAAACCAAGAGAAUCAACAUCACCAGUUGAUACUGGUCCAGGCCCAGUAGGCAGUAGAGGGGCUAGACUGGUCUGGUUGGACAAUUCCUACUUUGUCAUAUCAGGUUUUAGCAAGUCCAGUGAGCGACAGGUGCUACUCUACAAGUAUAAAUCACUUGAUUCCCCUUUGUCUACUUUACCAUUUCAAGUGUCUCCUGCUACAAUGAAAGUUCAUUAUGAUCCUGACAUUCGCUUACUUUAUCUCACUGGAAAGGGUGACAGAGUAGUUAAUACGAUUGAGUUCUCUCCCAACGAUAAACCGUAUCUUUUCUCUGCUUCUCUUUUCUCGCUCCCGACCGCUCAUCAAGACAUUCAGUUCCUUCCUGAUCCUAAGGAUAUCUGUGACGUCAAGAAGGUCGAAGUGUGUCGCGGAGUGAGACUUUGCAGCUCUACAGUUGAACCUAUUGGUUUUAAGAUACCACGAGUUAAGACUGAAUAUUUUCAAGAUGAUUUAUUCUGCGAUACCCUAGUCACUUGGAAGGCUGGCAUUGGAGCUAGAGAAUGGCUUGAUGGAGCUAAUGGCUCCCUCGAAACUGUUAGCUUGAAACCAGAAGGAAUGAAACCUUUGAGUGAGGCUCCAAAACCUGCUCCUGGCUCUAAUGUUCUGAAAUAUUCUUCGAAGGUCUUGCAUCAGAAAAGUGACCAGGAGAAGAAGGAAGAGCUGAUUGCUGCCAUGAUAAAUAAGAUGGGGGACAAAGAUGACGAGCCGUUGCCUCAGGAUGAUGUUGAUGGAGUUGAUAGCGAUGAAUGGGUGAGAUAAUUAAUAUGGUGGGUUUUUAUUUCAUUUUA